AUCCGAGAAAGCAGUAUUGGCAAUGAAUGGAUUUGCAGCCGAUGGUGUCUCGUUGGUUAAAAGACUUGGUCAGAGAAUGGAGUGGUAUAAGCAUGCCCAUGAUAAAGAAAUGUCAACUCCGGCAUUGGCUCAGAUGCUAUCAAAUACCUUGUACUAUAGACGAUUUUUCCCGUAUUAUACUUUCAGUUUGUUGGGAGGGGUCGAUGAAAAGGGUCAAGGCGUGGUAUAUAGUUUCGAUCCAGUGGGCUCGUACAAACCAGAAUUAUAUAGGGCUGGGGGAUCCGCGGCUGCACUUAUUCAACCGUUCUUAGAUAAUCAGGUUGGGUUUAAAAAUCAGCAGGGCGUGGAGAAACAAUUUUUACCUUUGGACGCAGUGAUUCGUAUUGCAAGAGAUGCCUUUACAUCGGCGACAGAAAGAGAUAUUUACACUGGGGAUUUAUUAGAAAUUUUCAUUAUCAGAAAAGAUGGAAUUACUGUAGAUACUUAUCCAUUGAAAAGGGAUUAA